AUGGAAAACCUCCCCUCAAAUCUAUCAGAACAGAUAAAGAAUCUGAUAGAAAAGUAUCCAGAGACUGAAAAUGUUUUCAACCAGCUUAUUGACUUGGUUGACGAGGGAACCCUGAAAGAGGCCAAGAGAGUCAAAAUCUCUAAUGAGAUCAACUUUGCUGACUAUACAGUUAUAUUGCAGCUACCAAGUUUAUCCGUCCAAUCUCCUUUCCGAUCGAAAUCGAAUCUUAUUUUUGCAUGUCCCAAAAGUGACACAAGUAAACCUAUAUUGGCCAUCGCAAAGACUAAUGAGAAGCCUCAAUUAAUACUAGACAAGUUGAACGACGAGAAUGUACUCUAUGCUGUAAUCUUACCAAUCCCAGAGAAAAAAGACUUCAAAAAUUUGGCCAUCUUCUACAAAGAGAAUAUGGGUGGAGUUCACAAGAAUGAGCCUUUACUGAUUCAAUACAACGAGUCUUUAAUAUCGGAAAGUCUUAAACUAAUUUUGCAGAAAAUGACAUUCCCGACGUACUUUCAGAGACAAUGCUCCAUGUUAGGAUUCAAACUGAAUUUGUUCACAGAAUCGAAGGAUUUCUACGUUGUUGCCCACAAAGGAUCCAAGGAAGGAUUCUUGUAUUUUCUAGAAGACCAGAUUUUGUUUGGUUUUAAAAAGCCCAUCUUAUUGUUUGAAAAAUCUCAGAUUGAGAGCAUCAACUACUCUUCAGUCACUAGACUAACCUUCAGUAUCACAUUGUCGUAUAAGGAAGCGGAUAAGACCGCAAAGAUAGAAUUUUCCAUGAUAGACCAAGCUGAGUUUGACAAAAUUGAUAAUUACGUCAAAGCAAAAGGAUUUACGGAUAAAUCCCUCACAGAAGAACUUAAGGCAAAGUCUAAUAUGAAGAAUAAUGAGACCUCGGGAGCAUUGAGAGAAGCUGCUUUACAAAUUCCAGGUGGUGAAAAAAUAGUGGGCGAAUCAAACAUUGAAGUUCAAGGCGAUAGUGAUGACGAAGAUGUGGAUGGAACCUACCAAUUUAAUGGUAAUGAAAGUGAGGAUGAUGGCAGUCCUCCGAACACUGAUGAGGAGACUGAAGAAAAGGGAGACGAUGCCAAAGAGGAUGACCUCAAUCAGGAGGCCAUCAAAAUAGACAACUAG